GUGAGUGAGUGAGAGAGAGAGGGAGAGAGAGAGAGGGAGAGAGUGUGAGUGAGUGAGUGAGAGAGGGAGAGGGAGAGAGAGAGAGUGUGAGUGAGUGAGUGAGUGAGUGAGUGUGAGUGAGUGAGUGAGUGAGUGUGAGUGAGUGAGUGAGUGAGUGUGAGUGAGUGAGUGAGUGAGUGAGAGAGUGGGAGAGAGAGGGAGAGAGAGAGAGAGAUGGUGCAUAAACACACACACUCCUGAUCCACUCAGCAGGUUCGUCCUGGUCAUGCAGACAUCAAGGACAUUCUGCCAUGGAAGGCAUUGAGUCGGCCAUUUUAGCGAUGAAGAACAGGAAGUCAGUGGAGGUGAGUGAAGCCUCCUCCCCUUGCAGAAGCCACGCCUCCCCCAGGGUGGAUCCAGAGGAGGAGAGUUUUGAGAAGGUGCUGUCAGAGCUGAGUGCUGCUGCAAAUUUGGAUAUGGAGGCAGAGCUGGGUGUGGAGGUGGGGUUUGAGCAGAGGCCAGGCUGGGGGCGGAGCUGUGAUGAACGAGAUGCAGCAGAUGAGGCGGAACCUGAGAACAGCAGGGGCAGCACGACUGAGUUCCAAAAUCCUUCUCCAUCUACAGAUGCGUCUCACACUCCGUUAUCAGAGCAGCUCCUGUUGGGUCGUGAUGAAGUGAAGGUUGUUAAUGUGGAGUGUCGGAUCUGUGGAGAUCAAGCGUCAGGAUUUCAUUAUGGAGUGCACGCCUGUGAAGGGUGUAAGGGUUUUUUCCGCCGCACGGUGAGGAUGAAGCUCGAAUAUGAGAAAUGUGAACGCAGCUGCAAGAUCCUCAAGAAGAAUCGCAACAAGUGUCAGUACUGCCGUUUCCAGAAGUGUGUGAUGCUCGGUAUGAGUCACGACGCGAUUCGGUACGGCCGUAUGCCUGAGGUGGAGAAGAGGAAGUUGGUGGAGGGGAUGUUAUCAGAAUGUCGGACAGCGAGCAGCUCCAACCUGAAGUCUCUGGCUAAAAAAGUGAACAAUGCGUAUCUGAAACACCUGAACAUGACCAAGAGGAAAGCACACAGCAUCCUGACAGGAAGAACCACCUCCAACCCUUUUGUGAUCUAUGACCUGGGUUCUCUGUGGCGUGCGGAGAGCGGGCUUGUGUGGGACAGCGGGGUUCUGCGUGGACGAGUGCAGAAGGAGAUCGGAGUACACGUCUUCUAUCGCUGUCAGUGCAGCACCGUGGAGACUGUACGCCAAAUCACCGAGUUCUCCAAGUGCAUCCCAGGAUUCAUCGACCUGUACCUCAAUGACCAGGUGACGCUGCUGAAAUACGGUGUUCACGAAGCCAUCUUCGCCAUGCUGCCGUCUCUGAUGAAUAAGGAUGGGUUGUUAGUAGCAAAUGGGCGGGGCUUUGUUACACGUGAAUUCCUGCGCAGUCUCAGGAAGCCGUUCAGCGAAAUCAUGGAGCCGAAGUUUGAGUUUGCUCUGAAGUUCAACGCGCUGGAGCUGGACGACAGUGACCUCGCGCUGUUCGUUGCUGCCAUCAUCCUGUGUGGAGAUCGUCCCGGGCUGAUGAACGUGAGGCAGGUGGAGGAGAUUCAGGAUAAGAUCCUGCAGGCGUUAGAUCAGCACCUGCAGCACACACACCCUGACGCUGCGUACAUUUUCCCCAAACUGCUGCAGAAACUCGCAGACCUGCGACAGCUCGUCACCGAGAACGCUCAACUCGUCCAGAUGAUCAAAAAAACAGAGUCCGAGACCUCAUUGCACCCUCUACUGCAAGAAAUCUACAAAGACAUGUACUGAAAGCACACACACACCUGUACUGAACCACAGUGUGAUAAAAGAAUCACAGACGAAUCGGUUCUUUCAGAAUGACUCAUUUAAAAGAAUGAAGAAAUUCAUUUGGAUUUGGAAGCAGGAUUAAAUCUAUAGAGUUUGUAUUUAUUUUUAUUUGUUUUUUGUGCAUUUAUUAAAGUUAGAAACUAUUUAACAAUAUGUACCGUAUUCAAAGGAUUUACAAAGGUUUAAGUGAUGAAUCAGAUGAAUCAAACCACUAUGAUGUCACAACCUCCAUGAACGUUCAUCAGGCAGAAAACUAAAUUAAAUGAAAGCAUUGAAUUAGUUUGUUCUGGUUUAGUUUUUGUGCUGUUACAGUGUCGGUGUUAAUGAGUAAAACAUCACAGUGAAUUAAAUGCGAACACAAAUGAGUGAAAUGUAUUCAGAUUGUUUGUUUUGGUUCUUUGAGGUGUGUGAUGUCACACUCGGUCUCUGACUGAAUUAUAACUUAUCACAAACUAAACCAGCACAAAUCACUCACAUGAUUCAGUUUUAUUUCAUUUAUGUUUUACAUUUAAUGCCAGAAUCAUAGAGAAAUGAAUCGAUUGAAUGUUGAUUAAAUUAAAUUUAAAUUUAAUUAAAUAUAAUUAAAUUAAGUGGGUUAUUUAAAAGGAAUCUAAUCAGUAAAGUGAGUCGUAAAAUUAAUCUCACACAAACACACACACACACACACAUAUACAUACAUACACAUAUAUAUAUAUAUAUAUAUAUAUAUCCAUGCAUACAUCUACAUACACUUACGGCUAAAUGCUGACGUUAAAACCAGAAAUGUAUUUAAUCUUUUUAUUCUGAAUAUUUUUAUGUAAAAUAUUUUUAGGGACAGUGCUCCACUCUUUAAUGCUAACUAUGCACAUUUGAAAGUGAUAGCUCAGUUAGCUUAGUAUAUUUCAUAAUAUUAGCAUAGAUAAGCAUGAGUCGUCUGCUCUGCUGUGUGGAUUAGCAAUUAUCGCUGUAUUAAACACACCGCUGCUCUUCCCUAAGAAGCUAAUCUGAGUGUUCUUCUCAGAAACCCAUCCAGUAAUAAUUCCCAUAAUUCAGUUCACCAGAUGAACGUGUGAACAGAACUGUUUUCUGCAGGACUUCAUCUUAAUGGAUGUAUUUCACAACCUGCUAACCUCAAUGUUUAUACUGUUGUUUUAUUCAUAUUAACUGUGUGUGUGCGCGUGCGUGUGUGCGCAUGCGUGUGUGCGCAUGCGUGUGUGUGCAUGUGUGAUAAAGCUGUGACACUUAAGUUACAUUUGACCAAUUACAAAAUGUAGCUAACUAGCUUAGUUUGUAUUAAUGCCUCCCUGGCAGUGGCUAUAGUUCAUUAGCAUGGUAGCUAACAGUUACAGUGUGGAAUUUAGUGUUUGCUGAAGAGGCGGGGCUUCAGUGUUCAUUUGAAGACAGACUUAAGCCCCGCCUCCAACAACCGAAUCAGGAAGUGCAUCACAGGGUCCUAUAGUAAGAUUAAUGAUCUAAUUACGGAGAGUUAAUUGUUUUAUUGGUUUCGGUUACAAUGUGGUGGAAGAGCUUCCUAGUCGUGGCUGCAUCCCAAAUCGCAUUAAAUCUGUUCUGUGGGAAAAUCCGCUUUUUGCUGUAGACUGAAGACAUUUGGGUUUGAGAUCAAAAGAUGAAUAAGAGAAGAGAUUUUAGAAUUUUAGCUUACAGCUCUCUGAUCUUCAUGUUGGUUUAUCCUUUUUAACAGUAAAUUCAGUCUUCACAGGUGAAACCGAAGGCUAAAACCAAGAGUAGAUAUUCAGAGCUAUUUACUGUUUGAACAGUCAAACUAAGCAGACACACCUGGGAACAAGAAAGCACAAACAAAUGAAUUGGCCUUGCUGUUCCAAUAGUUUUGAAGGGGACCGUAACCAUAUGGAUUUACUGGCGUGUUAAUUAGCUAGCAUGCUUACUUGCUAUCUCCGCUCCUUUAGUAUCAUGUACAGGAAGUGAUGUUAACUAAGGAUCCUGUUCAGAGUCAGAGACUUCAGUCCAAAGUCAGUGUUUACACGAGGAAAGUUCCUGAUAUUCAGACUCGGUUCUGCAGCAAGUGGAUUUUCUGAGCUCCACAUUCAGAUUAUUAACAUCUCCUGCAUGUAGUUCACACCUGUGAGGUUGUCCGAUUUUGCUCGAGUAGAAGCAUCUGAGACUGAGUUUUACGCCAGCGUCUAAACCACUGCCAUUAAACCCAAACACUCACCUUUACACCUGAAACAACCCAGGGACAGAAAAUACGGACUAAAGAAGGAAAUGGGGUGGAUGAGAGGAUGAUGAGAGGAUGAUGUGUGAGUGACAGGAUUAUGUGUGAGUGAGAGGAUGAUGAGAGGAUGAUGUGUGAGUGAGAGGAUGAUGAGAGGAUGAUGAGAGGAUGAUGUGUGAGUGAGAGGAUAAAGAUAGGAUGAUGAGAGGAUGAUGAGAGGAUGAUGUGUGAGUGAGAGGAUGAUGAGUGGAUGAUGUGUGAGUGAGAGGAUGAUGAGUGGAUGAUGUGUGAGUGAGAGGAUGAUGAGAGGAUGAUGUGUGAGUGAGAGGAUAAAGAUAGGAUGAUGAGAGGAUGAUGAGAGGAUGAUGUGUGAGUGAGAGGAUGAUGUGUGAGUGAGAGGAUGAUGUGUGAGUGAGAGGAUGAAGAUAGGAUGAUGAGAGGAUGAUGUGUGAGUGAGAGGAUGAUGUGUGAGUGAGAGGAUGAAGAUAGGAUGAUGAGAGGAUGAUGUGUGAGUGAGAGGAUGAUGUGUGAGUGAGAGGAUGAAGAUAGGAUGAUGAGAGGAUGAUGUGUGAGUGAGAGGAUGUGUGAGUGAGAGGAUGAUGAAAUAAAGAGAUGUGUAUUACUGUAUGAAUAGAGCUCGCUGUAAUGAUCACAUUAAUCACUGGUUUAACGGAACAGAACGCUUCCACACAUUAUAAAGCAGCACACACUGGUAUCUUACUUUUUAUUAUUAUUUUAUUUUUUAAAGUCAUGAGAAGUCACUGAACGGCGAUCAUGACAUCAUAACGUGGGUGUGAUUUUUUUGUGUGUGUGUGUGUGUGUGGGGGGGGGGGGUUAGGAGAUUUUAUCACUUGAUUGGCUUUAUUUGGAUUAAUUCAGUGUUUGUGUUAAUUCGGUGCGCGCUCCUGUAAAGAAAACGUGGUGUGAAGGAUAAUCUGACCUAACACUAUGCUUACGGAAUUGUGCAUAAUUAAGAUACGCCUCUGUUUUACACAAUCUCCGCCCCCACAUGUGUAACUCUUAUGUAACUUUUGAAGUGUUUAAGUUUGUAGUUAGUUCUGAGGUCUGAGCACUGAUGUAUGUGACUUCAGUAUUAAAUCCUCGCUGAGAUAUUACCUCUAUUCUGAAUAUGACACUUGAUCCCGUGCUGUAAAUAUUACACCAGAAUGAAAGGGAUCAUGGACGAGGGCGUGUUAAAGACAGGAUUGGAACACAGAGUUUGUGAACUUCUUUAUCUUUUGAGCUUUCUCUUCCUGUUUCUGACCUCAGCUGUGUUUCUGAUUAUCAGUGGUGUGUGUGUGUAUGAGAUGUUAAACACACUUUUUGCAAAUGUAUUGUUUCUUAUGUGUGUAAAACACUGACAAUUUACAAUAAAUAAUAAUAAAUACAAUAAAUAAACAAUAUCUUCA